AUGCCUUUCCUUGAUCAUCUCCUCACCUACAAGACCACAGCCUACAACACUAGACAUCAACGAGGGAGGCGCCUAAGUGUUGGAGGGCUCAUCACUCCUAUCUUGUGUGCUGCUGGAGUGAACCCAACUGAUAAGAGAGCCACUGAACCAGGUUGGAUGGACAUCAAGUUUUGCAAGACCAACCUUCUCAUUGAGCACAAGGAGUUGGAUGGGAGGUUCCAAUUCAAGUUCACACAUCCAUUGGCUGGCCCUUCCAAGCUUCUCCUGCCUAACCCAGAGCUCACCACAGUAGUCAGGGCUGAGGAUCAAGUCCAGGAGAGUGCGGAUUUGGGUGAGCCUGAGUGCUAUUAUUUUGAGGAGUAUGAGGCUCCAAGGAUGAACCCCUCUGUUGUGGCUGCCCACAAGAGGAUUGGACUUCUCCAAAAGUUCAACAAAUGGCAAGGGAAGGCCAUUGAAAAGAUGCAAAAGUCCAUGGACAAGAUGGUGAGCAAGAUCAAAAGUUUGGAGAAGAAGGUUUCUGGUUCUUCAAGCAAGAAGAAGAAGGCUCCCAUGAGUUCCACAUUCCUUAGGAGUAGAUCCUUCUCACCACUCCAAGGAGGCUCCCUGCCCAAGAGCCUCACAGAGCCUCUUCAUUUCGAGCCAAGGGAGGGAGAAGACAACUCACAGAGAAGGAGGAAGAGCUCUAAGGCCAGACGCUCCAGCUCGACCACCGGACUCGAUCGAGUCCAAACAGAGGAAACUCAACUCGAUCGAGCUGACGGUCGAGUUGGUCUUGAGGAGCCCAGUUUGAGGAUCCGGGAUUUGAAUACGAUCCAACGCCUUACCAGGAGCACCCUCGGAGUAGAUGGAACCCCUAUGGACAGUCUUUUGGAGCAUUCUGGAGCAUAUGGGACGAGGAGCAUGGAGGACUUGGCACAUGGACGCAGCUCAACUGGAUACGCAAAGGAAGAAGGAGGAAGCCAUCUUGAAGACCAGCUCGACCACCUACUCGACCAACCGGUCGAGUUCCUCAACUCGACCGGCCAAGCUUCAACUCGAUCGAGCUGA